AUGGGUAAAAAGGGUGAGAUAAAGUUUGUUGGGCCUUAUGCUGACAGACCUGAGCCUUACGUAGGAAUUGAACUUGAAGUUCCAAAAGGAAAAAAUAGUGGCAUCAUUAAGGGCGUUAAAAUGUUCGAAUGCAGAGAAAAUCAUGGUAUAUUUGCAAAAUAUAACGAUAUUUUAAAGUUUUGCAAAAUAAUUAAUCCAAAUUCGCCAAAUAUCCAAAAAUCUCCAUCAAGUGUUUCAUUUCAAGAAAUACCUCCGAACGAAGCAUCUCCAAAACCACUUACUAAGUCUCCUUCUGAUGCAUCUCUACAAAAUUCUCCUUUAUCUCGUUCAAAAACUUUUUCAUCCGAUAGUUUAAUAGAAUCACGCGAAGCAUUAGAGGCCAAACUCAAGAAAUAUCAAGAAUACAUCUCAAUAACCAAAGAAAAACUCGAAAAAUUACAAGAAAAAACUAAUAUUGUCCAAAAACUUAUUCAAAGGAAAGAAAUAGAAAACGAAGCAGAUCUAAAUGGUCGCAAACAAGAGUUCGCCAAGAUCAUUUACAAAAAACAGAUAAAACUCGAACAAGAUUUGAUAAAAAUCGAAGAAGAAUGUAUACAAUCUGCCAGACGCGUCAGAGUCUUAGCGGAAACAGCUGAUGGUCGUGUUUCAAAGGCAAAAAUCGUAUUACUUGAGAAAAUUAACAAUGAACAUAUUGAAUAUCAACAAUCUCUUCAACAACUGCUUGAUGCGCAGAGAAUCAACUUAAGUACAGCUAGUAGAUCAAUACAGACCCUUAAAAGAAGAGUUCCGAGAACUGCAAACACUUUAAAAAAGCAUCAACAAAAUUUAGAAAUUCUCAAAAAAAAUUUGAAAGAAAUUGAAGGUAAAUUAUCGGAAAAAGUACCAGAUUUCAAAGACGUGAAUGAUCUAAAAGAGAAAGUAGACAAGUUAAGACUAGAAGACAAAGAAAUUAAGUUAAAAGAAAAAAUGAAAGAAAUUGAUUCCGAAAUUAUGACUUGUUUCAUCACGGAAAUCAUGCAAAAGGACAACCCAUUGAUUGUAUUAGCGUUUAAAGUAUCUUUGUUGCAUGCAAAAGCGAAAUCUUAUGCUGAAUUUGCAAAUGGCAAGAAAAAAGCUUUGGCUUUCUAUCUAUUGUAUAUAUUAGAGUUCAUACAAGUCAUACUUACGGGAUUCCACUCAAGAGUCUCCGGAUUUCAAGAAAUUGUUGAAGAAUUAGAUAAAAUUUCAAAUUCUAUUGAUAAUGGAAAAUUAACUAUUGAUUGUAGCAAGCUUGUUAAUAUUACGAAGGAUAUAACAUAUAUCCAGCUCGAUCAAUGCUUAACUCCUCAUUUUCUGAAAUACAUUUCUUAUCUUUCGACAAAUCAAGAGAACAAGUCCAUUUUGACAGACAUAGCGAAUGAAAUGGACAUUUCCUUGCAUCCAGACUUCAUGGAACCCGAAGAUGGGAAGUUAUUAAUGAAAAUUAUUUCUGAAUUGAAGAAUUCUCAUAACGGAAAUGUUUUCAACUCGAUUGAAGAUCUGAUUAACCUUUAUGAGAAGUAUGGGAAGAGAAAGAUGAGUUUUAUCAACAUUUUGAAGACAAAAGAUGACGAAAACAAAAAAGCGAAAGAAAAAUUAGUUCUUUUGGCCCAACAAGAGAAAGAUAAGUACGAAGAACAAGUUCUGAAGAUUGAGGAAGAAAGAGACAGACUUUGCAAAGAAAGACUUCAACUUUUGGAAAAAAUCAAAUCAAAGAAAUAA